CUUCCUCUUUUGCUACGUAUCAAUACUGACAACGCUAUUUGCUUUCCACAUCCUCAGCAGACAAACUUCGCUGCGUGUGCUUUUCAGCAUUUUGAAUUUCCUUUCAUGAAGAUCUGAAGACUUGAUCAGCCAUGGAUGGAGACGUGAUGUCUUUGUUGUCCUCCUCAUCAUUAUCAUCCUCAGCAGCCACAGGAACAGAGAAAGAUACUUCAGCAAAGAGUGACAGCAGCCUUCCUCAGAGCCAACAGGAUCACAAAUCAACUGAGGAAUUAUGGACAGAGGAUGUGAGUCCCGUGGGUGGCAGGCUGCUGUCCACAGAGGAGCAGGUCACUCUGAUCACUGAGAGUAUGACUGUCACCUCCACCGACCAGGAGAAACUGCUGCUGCUCAACAAGAACACUGAGCUUCGCAGAGUCAACAAAGAGCUGAUGAAGCUGAAUGAGGACUGGGACCAGGUGUAUCGCACAGCUACGCUGGGUUUACAGCACAGACUGGAGGCGCUGGAGCUCGAGAACACUGCCAUCAAACAGCUCAACAGCAGAUUGCUGCUCAAAGUCGAUCACCAGCAGAGUGCAAAGGAGUACUAUGAGCAGGCGUUGAUGCAGGAGCUGAAGAAGAACCAGGAGCUGCAGGAAUACAUCAGACUGGUGGAAAGCAGGAUGCACCACCCAGAUAGAGACUGUACACCUGCCAAACAGGGCAGCGUCAGUGCUGUGAUGUGUAGUCCUGUGUCCAGCCCCAGCACUAAUCCUCCCAGAGGUCCAGACCUGUCUUCUAGUCACAAUUCUGGAUAUAGCUCCUCAUCCUCCUUUUUCCCAGCUUCUUCCAGCCCAGAGGCAAGGCAGCAGGGAAAAAGCCAGUGUACCUCACUGGGAGCAUUGGGAGUCUCACAGCAAGAAGUGAAGGAUCUAAAAGAGCAGCUGGGGGCUCUGCAAUGCCAGCAGACCCAGAUUUAUGAAGCAGAAUAUCAGACAGAGCACAGUGAUCACAAGCACACGCUGCAGGAGAACCGCAGGCUGAGGAAGAAGCGCGAGGAGAUGCGCCAACAGGUGGCACUACUACAAGAGCAGCUCAAGGUUUACGAGGAUGACUUCAGACGGGAGCGGUCUGACAAACAGAUGCUGCAGCGGCUGUUGCUGAAGAAAACGCCUCCAAACAAGGACCCUGUGCUCAUCCACCGCUGCAAUAAUGAGCAGCAGCCAUCAGGGGGAGACAAGAGGACACAAAGUGGAGAGAAAAGAAAACAGCACCACCCACUCUGCCCCAAGCAUGCAAACAGGGACAAAGAGUUAAACUGAGGGUCAGAGAACAAAAAAGCAAACAUCAUUCACAGCCAAAUAAGUUUCAAAUAGUUUGUUUUAAAUAUAUGAAUUUAAACAUUUUUGCAGUUUUUAUUGUCCCUCAAACUCACUGACAGCACUUUUAUCAGAUUAAUGUAGACAAAGGAAUGAUACUAUUAAUGAAAACAGACCGACGCGUGCAAAUCUGAGGUCAAUCUGAGGCACAUAACUUGCUCUUUCAGGGUUCUGCCUAGUACCGUGUAUAAAAAAGAAAGGUUACAAUUUAGUUGUGGAUUAUAGUCACAGUUUUUUCUGUAUAUUACUUUCCAUAAUAGUAGCAGCUACCAAGUGUGGUACUUAUAUAUACUAUAUUUUACCUAUAUAUAUAUUUAAUAUAUCUCACAUUUCUUCCUCUAAUAAAUUGCUUUCUCUAAAGUUGAUGUUUGUUUAUUC